AUGGUCUACUCUCCCAUGUCUCGUCCCCAAGUACCGUUGACAUUCCGUCAAUGGCCGCCUUAUGAUUACAAAACUGAUCCAUUGACUAUCCCUAGAUUCCCAAACAAUACUCCACUUCAAAACCAAAACACUUCAUCGUUACCUCCUACUUCUUCACUUUUGGACACAUAUGGCUCUUCCUUGCUUUCCAAAUCGGCGAACACGCUAGGAAAUUUAAAGCCUGCAAACAACACUGUCCUUUCUCCUGACGAAACUUUUCCCUCAACUGUGAUGCCCCAGUAUCGCUCUAUGGACGUCGGUACUCCUAGAUCUCCUGAUGCCGAUGGCUGGCCUUGGCACUUGACUACCAACAAUACCCAGGGUUAUGCUUGGACUCAAUCCUUUAAUCCGAAUGCUUCUACAAAUUAUUUGCACACUUCUUCCCGUAAUCUAAAUGAUUAUCCUUCGCCUAUUUCAUCCUUAGACAGCCUUCCCUCUAAAAGUAGCGUGGGUAGUUCUGGUUUAGAUUUUCAUACUUUACCAUCUAGUUUGAAUGAGGAUGCCAAGCCUACGGCAUAUCCCAUGAACAUGGCUGGCGUUCAAAUGGGUGAAGCUUCUUCUCAGCCUUCGUUUAAUUUUGCACAAAAUUCUGUCGAUCGUGCUUUCAAUCCAAAGCCAAAGUUGUAUUAUCCUUCCAAGUCAUCGACAAAUGUUCAUAACUCCAAACCCGUUUUAUCAAGACAAUCCUAUUCUUCUGGGUCAAUUCCGUCCAUUCCCUUGAAGUCGAGUCUGAACACCACCCUCGGUACACAACCGUCAACUCUUUCAAACCAAAUCUCGCCUGUCGUGGGCGCUCCUGUUCUUAACUCAUCAAAGUUUUCAGCCUCUGCUCCCCUUCCAGAGCAAGUAUCACCUGAGCAAUUGAAGCAGACCCAGAUCAACAAUGCUGCUAAUCAGCGUCCUCGUGCCGCCACUCCUGGAAAUAACAACAAUUCUACCACCUCUACUGGAAAACGUGCUUUGUACAAGACUGAGCCUUGCAAAAACUGGCAGACCACUGGUAAUUGCCGCUACGGCAAUAAAUGUCAGUUUGCUCAUGGUGACGAUGAAUUAAAGGAACCCCCUCGCCAUCCCAAGUACAAGAGUGAGCCAUGUCGCUCUUUUAUGUUAUACGGUUACUGUCCUUAUGGUUUAAGGUGCUGUUUUUUGCACGAUGAGCAGAGAUUCUUAAACAGUCAACAGAAUAUUCAGGAAGCUAUCAAUACGGAUAUAAAAUAA